UCUGACCAGGGUGCAAUGUGUCUGCAGGGUGGUUUCUAGUUUCCCUGAAGUUAAAAGGGGAAACAGCCCCUUCCCCACCUAAACCUUGCCACAGAGGAAGAACCACUUUCAAAGUGGAUGCAGGACAUCUGCGUUACAUGAGGAAGGCAGAAGAGCUUCCAUGGGGACAGAGUGAGGAGUCUGCACGCCAUACAAUGGACUACGAAACACCACCCAUAUCAGAGCUACAGCGUAUGCUGCAGUGGGACUUUGGCUGUACUGGGCCCAUCAAUCAAGUGUGGCCAGGAGUGUACAUCGGCAAUGCGGCAGCUGCUCGGGACAAGCCCACCCUCCGUGACAUGGGCAUCACCCACAUCGUGAACAGCGCCCAUGGGCCACUGCACAUCAACACCGGAGCACGCUUCUACAGGGAGUUGCCUAUACACUACUAUGGCGUGGAGGCUGACGACGCUGAAGACUUCGACCUCAGUCCCUUUUUCUACCCAACUGCAAAAUUCAUACGAGCAGCGCUUUCCCAAUACGGAAGGGUGUUGGUGCACUGUGCCAUGGGACUAAGCCGAUCAGCCACCCUGGUGCUUGCGUACCUCAUGAUCUGCGAAGGGCUCCCCCUGCUGGAGGCCAUCCGCACUGUCAGAAAGCACAGGGACAUUUGUCCAAAUUCUGGCUUCCUGGAGCAACUCAGGCGUCUCGAUAUGGCCCUGGAGCAGGAAAGGAGGUCAGCACGGGGCACCAAGAAGCUGUGAAUAUGACAAAGUCAACAUCAUUUACAAUGCAAGCUUCAUCAGCAGAAGACUUCUUAGACUGCAGCCAGGAAAUCCCGAUAAAUUACGCGAGGACAACGCCUGAAGAUUUUCUCCUUAUCGUGACAUGUUGCUAUUGAUUGUUUUAUUUUGCCUGUUUGUUCUUGUUUAUUAAAUGCCAGCAGUCUCGCUAA